AUGACACAAGGAAAUGUUACAGAAGUGACUGAAUUCAUUCUUGUGGGAUUUAAUGGCCAACACAAGUUUCGAUUGGUCCUCUUCAUUGUAUUUUUAGUGAUCUAUAUGACCUCUAUGGUGGGAAAUAUUGGAAUGAUUCUACUUAUCAAGACAGAUUCCAGACUUCAAACACCCAUGUACUUUUUCCUACAACAUUUGGCUUUUGUUGAUAUGUGUUAUACCUCAGCCAUUACUCCCAAGAUGCUACAAAACUUCAUAGUAGAAAACCAAUCAAUAUCAUUCAUGGGAUGUGUGAUGCAAUUACUGGUUUAUGCCUCAUUUGCAACCAGUGACUGUUACCUCCUGGCUGUUAUGGCAGUGGACCGGUAUGUAGCCAUCUGUAACCCACUUCACUAUCCCAUAGUCAUGUCCCAAACAAUCUGCAUCCAAUUGGUACUUGGUUCAUAUGUCAUGGGAUCAAUAAAUGGCUCCGUACACACAAGAUUUACAUUUUCACUGUCUUUCUGCAAGUCCAACAUCAUCAAUCACUUUUUCUGUGAUGUCCCCCCAAUUCUCUCCCUCUCUUGCUCCAGAAUCAACAUCAACAUCAAGCUACUCUUUGUCUUUGUGGGAUUUAACCUGACAUUCACUGUGAUGGUCAUCAUCUUCUCCUACAUAUACAUCCUGAGUGCCAUCCUGAAGAUGUCUUCCACUGCAGGGAGAAAAAAGGCCUUCUCCACAUGUGCCUCCCACCUCACAGCAGUCACCAUUUUCUAUGGAACCCUCUCUUACAUGUACUUACGGCCUCACUCUAAUACUUCCGAGGAAAAUAUGAAAGUGGCUUCCACGUUCUAUGGUAUUGUCAUCCCCAUGUUGAACCCCCUGAUCUACAGCUUGAGAAAUAAGGAGGUAAAACAAGCUCUAAAAGGGUUGGGAAAGAAGUACCACACUGGCCUCAAUUUAUUAAAAUUCAGCACAACAAUGCAUCAAGCAUAA